AUGUUGAAGAAAAAAGAUUUUCGUGUUGUUUUUGCUCGAAAUCCUCCUGAUGCCUAUCCAAAUUGCCCGCAAUUCCCAACAUUGCAACCAACUUUUCAAUGUCCAUUUCCAGGAUACACUUUGGAGGUUAGUCUAAAACUUGAAUAUAGAAUUCUGGAAAAAAUUUGUAGAUUUUGAAAAUGUUAGCCGAUUCUCUUCACUGGAAUUUGAUACCAAUUGUGGAAAAUGCGCCCGUUGGUGAAGCAAAUUGGGGUUUGAAAGUGAAUGAAACAUGGACUGGAAUGUUGGGAUAUUUGACAAAUGGAACAGCGGAUACAGUUUGUAUGACUUAUCAAUGGACUGAUUCAAGAGAUCAAGCAUUUGAUUAUUCGUAUCCAAUUACCAAUAUUCAACCGAUAUUUGUAGCUCGUGCAAAAAAUGAGACAGCAGCUUCGGUAUUGUGGAAUGCUUUUAAACCUUUUAGUUGGCCAGUUUGGGGAACUUUAUUCGCUAGUUUGAUUUUCAAUAUUUUUGUGAUGAUUUUCAUCUCAAAAAUUGAAUGUAUGAUUUCACUUCGUAAAAAAUUCCAACCUUUUGAAAUGAUUUGGCAUGCUAUACAGUUACAACUAAACGAAAAAGCUGAACAUUUUCUUUUUUUCACAUUGUCAGGUAAAUUUGAAAUUUACUAGAUCAUCAGGAUUUUCUAAGUUCUCAGGAAACAUUGUUUUGUUUUUGUUUGCUCUUAUACAAUCUGGUCUAAUGAUUGAUUUAUACAAAGGAUUACUUUUGUCAUCUUUGCUAACUUCAAAUGGAGAAAAUCCUUUUCAGGUUAGUUCCAAAAAAUAUUUUAAAUAGAAUUCUAUAUAAGUUUCAUAUUUAGAACUCUGAUGAGAUGAUCCAAUUGAUUGCGGAAAAGGAAUAUCACUUGACAACAGAUUUUUACAACUGGUACUUUGAUGAUCUUCAGAAUUCAAAUGCUACACAUUUCGUUAAACUUCGAGCGGCUGUCAAAGACAAUCCAGUUGUAAAUUUUUUUUUUAAAUAAGAUUAAACCUUAUCUUUUUCAAUUAGGUCAAAGUGGACAACCCUGACGAAGCUCUAAAUUUAGUUGAUACUGGAAAAUAUGUUUAUCCAAUUCAACAAGAUUCACUGUCAUUUCAACAAUCAAAAGAACGUUGUAAUUAUAUUUAUAUAAGCCAAGGUAUAAUAAUAGCAAAACUCCUACAAAAACUCCUUUUUCAGGGAUGCCGCAGGUUUCUGAGUAUCUUCUGUUUCCAAAAAACUCGAGUUUUAUGUCUGAAAUGAAUCGGCAAAUUAUAAUGAAUUAUGAUUUUAUUCAGAGAACAUUUUAUAAAUAUUUCGAGAGUGGUUAUAAAUUAACAACAAUUCCAAGAUGUACAACAACAAGUUCAUAUUCAAAUUCAGAUGAUUCUUCAAGUUCCGAUGAUCAAAAUUCGGAUACUGAUACAACUAAAACAACCCAAAAACCUUUGGAUUUAGAAUCAGUAAUUGGUGUUUUUAUGAUUGGUGCAUUAGGAAUUGGAAUAAGUAUAAUUGCAUUUUUUUCGGAAAUUUAUUAUUAUUGGCAUAUGAGAAUUUUGGAAAGACAUGUUCGAAUGCGAAAUCAUUUGAAUGUCGGCCACUUGGUGAGAAUCGCACAAAUACAUUUGAGCACCAAAGAAAACUAUAACAAAAUCGAUGUUAUGAAACUAGUCGAUGCUUUAAACGAUAAACAAAAUUGAAUAUUUUUGUAUUUUCUUAAUAUUUAUUCUCAUUGUUUGGACUUCAAUGAAUAAAGUUUGAACUCCAUGUAAAAAUUACUAUUUACUUUUUGGAAAUCGGAUACAAAUAAUGAGAUUUUUCAAAAUGGAAUACGCAUAAAAUCAUUGUUCAGAGAAUGAGCAGGAAAAACCUACGCGUUGUUUUUGCACCGAAUCCACCAGAUGUUUAUCCAAACUGUCCGAAAUUUCCAACAUUAGAGCCAGAUUUCAAAUGCCCUUUUCCAGGAUAUACUGUAGAGGUGAGUCCAAAAAUAUAAAUGAAGGUCGCUAGAAAAAUUGUGUGUAGAUUCUAAAAAUGCUCGCCGAUUCUCUUCAUUGGAACCUGAUUCCGAUUGUUGAUCAAACACCAAUGGGUCAAGCAAAUUGGGGAUCGAAAGUGAAUGGAACAUGGAUUGGAAUGUUAGGAUAUUUAGCUAAUAACACAGCUGACACUGUUUGUAUGACUUAUCAAUGGACAAAUGCAAGAGAUAGAGAUUUUGAUUAUACUUAUCCAAUUAAUAAUGUGAGUAUGGGUUAAGAAUUCAAGAAGAAAACAAAAAUAUUUUCCUAGGUUCAACCAAUUUUUGUGGCUCGUGUCAAAAAUGAAAGUGUUUCCUCGGUUUUAUGGAGUGCUUUUGCGCCAUUUAGUUGGUCUGUUUGGGGAACUCUUUUUGCUAGUUUGAUUUUCAAUAUUUUUGUGCUGAUUUUUAUCUCUAAAAUUGAAUGUAUGAUUGCACUUCGACAAAAAUUCCGACCAUUUGAGAUGGUUUGGAAUGUUGUUCAAUUACAACUCAGCGAAACAUCAAACGAAUUUGUUUUCUAUACAAUAUCUGGUAUUCAAAUGAAAUUAGUUGUAUCAAAAAAAUUCUAGAAUUUUACAGGAAACACUGUUUUAUUUUUGUUUGCACUUUUGCAGUCAGGAUUGAUGGUUGACUUGUAUAAAGGACUACUCUUAACAUCAUUACUGACUUCAGAUAGUGGAACUCCCUUCCAGGUUAAAUCAUUCUAACAAUAAGUUCAAGUAUAAAAUCAAAACGAUUUUCAGAAUUCUGAUGAGAUGAUCAAAUUAAUUGCUGCAAAGAAAUAUCACAUAGCAUCAGGAAUUGUGAAUUGGUACUUUGAAGAUUUACAGAACUCAAACGCUUCACAUUUUGUAAAACUUCGAGAUGCUAUCAAAAAUAACCCGAUUGUUCACGCAGGUAAUGUUGCCAACGCUCUUGAUUUAGUUGACACUGGUAAUUAUGUCUAUCCAAUGCAGCAAGAUUCUCUCGCAUUUCAAAGAUCGAAGGAAAGAUGUGACUAUGUUUAUAUAAGUAAAGGUAAACCCAAUUUCUACAGGGUGACCAGAAAUUAUCCGUGCAAACUAAACCGGUCAUAAAAACUUCAAAAUUGGAUAUUUUUCAAAGAAAUUUUUUGUUAACAAUAAUAAAUGCAUAAUAAUUCCAAAAUUAUCACGAAUGUUGAUUUUAGGAUUUUUUCAGGGCUUUCUGCGCCUUUAACCAGAUUUCAAAAAUAGUGAGAAAGGCCGCGUGGAGUUUUGACUUUGUUAAGUACGUGGAAAACUCCAAUUGUAUUUUUACAACUAUGAAAUGAGUAAGAUAUCUUCUAAUGAUGUUAUUUUUCAAAAAUUACCACUCCAAGUAACCUUGCGGACUGAGAUUCGAUGAGCUUCAAAGGCCCAAAUAAAUUGAAAAAAAAAGAAAAAAUUUUUUUCGCGAAAGUUAAUUUUUGGUUUUGGUUCAAAUGUUAGGUCUUCAUCAGCUUUAAUGGUCUUAUGAAUAUUUUUAAGUUAGAUUAGACUGAGAAAACAUGAAAAUGUUCAAAUAUGAUCGUUUGUUGUGAAUCGUUGUUGGUUUUGACACUUUUAUCAGUAAAAAACAAGGGGCCGAGGGAGUCAUGACCGCCCAAACCAUCCCCAAAGUCGGAAAAUUUAAUUUCAUUUUGGCAAAGGCAGAAGAAGUCGUCUAAGAUCCUUUUAGGAACAUGUGAAAAUAGUUUUGAGAAUUUACACAGUUGUUGAAGCGAAAAAUGGGGCAACAUUGUUAACACCACUAGCCGCGACUCUUUGCCCAAUUUUUGACACAUCAACAUUAGGCGCUCAAGGUCCAAGUAAGAUUUCAAUUUUAUCACGAUUUUUGUGAUAAUUUUAAAAUAGUUGUCUAUUGAUUGGUGCUCAAUCAAAACAUUUGUGGAAAAUAUCAUGUUUUUGAAUAUUUUACGGCCGGUUGAGUUUGCACGGAUAAUUUCUGGUCACCCUGUAAAUGUUGUAUGAAAUGAAAUAUUUUCAGGAAUGCCGCAAGUAUCGUCAUACCUCAUUUUCCAGAAAAAUUCACCUAUGACCUCUCAAAUUAAUCAGCAAAUAAUUAUGAAUUAUGGUUUUAUUCAAAGAACAUUCAACAAAUAUUUCAACAAUGGUUAUAAGCUCACAAAAAUACCAAAAUGUGAUUCAACUUCCAACACAAAAGAUCCAGAUGACAAACUUGAAAAAACUACUAUAACUAAAAAACCACUAGAUCUUGAAUCAAUGGUUGGUGUUUUCAUGAUUGGUGCACUAGGAAUUGGUGUGAGUGUAAUUGCAUUUUUCUCGGAAAUAUAUUACUAUUGGCAUAUGAGAAUCUUGCAAAGGCAACUUCAAAUGAGAGAUCCUUGGAAUGUUCGUCAUUUGGCUAAAAUCGCUCAACUUCAUUUCACCACAAAUCAAAGUUAUGAUAACAUUGAUGUUAUGAAAUUAUUUGAUAAUUUUUCUGAUAAACAAAACUAA